UGGAGUCAAACUGUUCUCCAUGUUGACUGGAAAAACAAAUAACUCUCAUAAAAGUUUUGUUUACUCUCUGAUGAACCGAGUUGAAGAUCUGAGAGAAGUUCCUAUGGUGGAUGGGAGUAACAUUGUUUUGGUUUUCUGUCCUAUUGUUUCUCGAGCUGGAACUGAUAUUGAAGCAGCACUGAAAAUAUUUACUGACUCUACAGCCUCUAAAUUGAAAGUUCUGGUGGUGCUACAUCACUCAUUUGACCUAGAGAAAACUGUACCAGACAGCAGCAGAUGUGUCAACAGGACAGAUAUACUGACAGUGGACUGUCUGUUCUAUGAAGACACAGGAUUACUAAAGUGUCAGAGAAAUAAUGAUGCAAUAGACAAGGUUGUUGAUUGGUUAAUAGAGCAGGGGAAGACAACAGGUGUUGAAGUAUGUCCACGUCAAAAUAGAUCAAAGGGAUUAACAUCAAGGAAAGGAUCACACAAGUCUGUGCAGGAGGAAGGUCAAUCUGAGAUAGUGGAUUUUAAAAAGAGUAAAAGUAAUGAGCCAGAGAUUUGUACAGAGGACGUCAAAGUUUGCAUUAUUUCAAGUGGAAAAACGAAUGAGACUCACAUAAAAAUUUUCAACACUCUGAGUGCCCGCAUUAAAUCUCUGAAGGAAGUUCCUACAGUAGAUGAGAGUCACUUUGUUUUGGUUUUCUGUCCUUUUGUGUCUCGAGCUGGAACUGAUAUAGAAGCAGCUCUGAAGAUAUUUGACGACUCCACAGCCUCUAAGAUGAAAGUUCUAGUGGUGCUACAUCACACAUUUGAGCCAGAGAAAACUGUACCAGACAGCAGCAGAUGUGUCAACAGGACAGACAUACUGACAGUGGACUGUCUGUUCUAUGAAGACACAGGAUUACUAAAGUGUCAGAAAAAUGAUGAUGCAAUUGACAAAGUUGUGAACUGGUUAAUACAGCAGGGAGAGACAGCGGGAGUUAAAGUUUGUCCAUGUCAAAGCAAGUCAUCUUUCAGCAGAGCAUCACGUUGGCCAGAUUUUACACAGUGGAUGAAACCAGGAUCUUCAAGGGGUAAUCAUUAAGGAUGGUUGCACAGAAUAACAUGGAGGUUUAGGAAUUAUACCAUCAUUCAGAAGAUCCUGUGACUGACAGCUAUGUAAAUCAACUCACUCUGCUGAGAUGUCAACACAUAUUAGCUGCUUGUUAUGAUUCAUACAUGGCAAGUGCUGAUAUCUACUAUAACCCUGUUCUUUCCAGCCACAGCACCUUAUUGUGUUCAUGUGACUUAAUUGGUAUCAGUGCAAAAGGUUGUGGUUUCAAAUCAGGGAACACACAAAGCCUACACUGUAAAAAAUGAUUUGUUGUUUCAAAAAAUAAAAAUAAAAAUAUUAGUUCACUUAAUGAAUUUGUUGCAAACUAGUUGUGUUGACUAAUAUUUUUAAGUUGAACUAACUUAAAAUUUUAAGGCAACAUGGUAACUUAUUUUUUUAAGUUGAAACAACAAAUCAUUUUUUACAGUGUAGUCGAAAAAUUUAUAAAUUGAAUGCACUGUAAUUUGGGAUAAAAGUGUCUGUCAAAUGUGUCAAUAAAAAUAGUGCUAAAAUUGUCAAAGGUAUUUGGUUGAAUUACUCCUUACGUGUUUGUACUUUAAGUAGUCUAUUCAUUUAGCCUACAAACAAAUGGCUGCAUGUUUAAUGUGUCUUUCUGAUUACUAUGGUACAUGAGAAAUAUGUCACUCUUUAUUGAGCUUUAAAGGGAAAAUAUUGUUCAUCUUUAUUGUAAAAUAAACAGAAAUGUAGGCUAAGGAGUGUACAA